AACAAAAUCGGCGCGCUAGGGCGCCGCCGCGGCCUGUCCCCGCCCUCCUCCUGCCACCUGCCGCCGGCCCGCAAACGGGCCGCCCUGCGGGGUCUGCCCCGACACCGCGCCGCCUCCCGACACCGGGUGGAACGGUGGGAAGGGAGGGGCCGCGGCGCCGACACCGGCCUUCCCUCGGGCUCCCUACGGGCCGCCGCCUGGUGUUUCUCCGGCCGCCGCCCAGGCCCGACGUCGGGCCUUGUUGCGUUUCAUCUCGGGGGUUGCCACAGGGGCGGGGCGCUGAGGGGUCGCCGGGGCCUCCCCUUCUUUCCGGGGUCGGCUUCUGCGCGCCUCCCUCCGAGUCUGGAGCCAGGCGCCCCCGGACCUGGCGGGGACGGCUGCACCCCCGGCCCAGCACCGAGCUGCCGCCACCACCGCCACCGUCCAUCGUUGGUACCGGCCAUGGCCUUCAUAUCGCCAAAUGUGCUUGUGACUGAUUUGGACACGGGAUAUUGAGAACUCAUUUCCGUCCCCAUUCCGGCCGUGCCGGCCCGGUUCGGACUUAAACCUGCAGCACUUCCAGACUGCCCGACUUUGAGAGCACCAUGGACCAAAAUGGGAUGGAGAUUCCUGUGACUCUCAUCAUUAAAGCACCGAAUCAGAAAUACAGUGACCAGACUAUUAGCUGCUUCUUGAACUGGACCGUGGGGAAACUAAAAACGCAUCUGUCUAACGUGUACCCUAGCAAACCAUUGACGAAGGAUCAGAGAUUGGUGUAUUCGGGCAGACUGCUCCCCGAUCAUCUGCAGCUGAAAGACAUUCUCAGAAAACAAGAUGAGUAUCACAUGGUUCAUCUAGUAUGUACUUCUCGGAGUCCUCCCAGUUCUCCAAAAUCCAGCACCAAUAGAGAAAGUCAUGAAGCAUUGGCAUCCAACACCAAUUCUAAUUCAGAUCAUUCAGAAUCAACAACUCCAUCACCCAGUCAAGAGACUUUGUCAUUGGUUUCUGGCUCUUCCUCGGAAGGACUGAGGCAGCGCAUUCUUCCACAAGCACAAACUGACCCAGCCCAGAGUCAUCCAUUUCCAUAUGUGAUCCAAGGAAACAUGGACAACCAGUUUCCUAGACAAGCUGUGCCACCUGCGUUCCCAGUGUACCCUGCUCUCAGCCCACUGCAGAUGCUGUGGUGGCAGCAGAUGUAUGCUCACCAGUAUUACAUGCAGUAUCAAGCUGCAGUUUCAGCUCAGGCCACAUCAAAUGCCAGCCCAACCCAGCCUGCUGCAUCCCAGCCUUUAAAUUUGGCACAUGUUCCUGGAGAAGAACCCCCACCAGCUCCCAACCUAGUGGCCCAAGAAAAUCGACCGAUGAAUGAGAAUGUUCAGAUGAAUGCUCAGGGUGGUCCAGUGCUAAAUGAAGAAGACUUCAACCGUGACUGGCUAGACUGGAUGUACACGUUUUCCCGGGCUGCAAUUCUCCUUAGCAUUGUGUACUUCUAUUCUUCCUUUAGUCGGUUUAUCAUGGUGAUGGGAGCCAUGCUGCUGGUUUAUUUACACCAAGCUGGAUGGUUCCCUUUUAGGCAAGAAGGUGGUCAGCAGCAGGCUCCCAACAAUGUUGAAGUUAACAAUGAUGGGCAAAAUGCAAACAAUCUGGAACUUGAAGAAAUGGAGCGCCUUAUGGAUGAUGGACUUGAAGAUGAGAGUGGAGAAGAUGCCGGUGAAGAUGCCAGUGCAAUUCCAAGGCCUGGACUGAUGGCUUCAGCCUGGUCUUUUAUCACCACCUUUUUUACUUCGCUAAUACCAGAGGGGCCUCCUCAAGUUGCCAAUUAGACCUGAAAAACUGUGCCAGCUGCAAAGGAGGGUAUGACUUUAGGAAAGUGAUUUAAAUAACAGUGCAAUGUCCAAAACAAGUAUAACUUUCUUUUGCUGACCAUGUACAGAGGUUGUCUUUUCUUUAAGCUUCUCAUAUGAAUAUUUUAAGCACAAAUGGACUACUAAACGUGUGAUUUUUUUUUUUUUUUAAUUAAGAUCCUAACAGAACAUAGCAUAACAAUUCUGGUCUUCCAGGUUUGUUCAUUUCAAUUAUGUGCAGUACACCAAGACAGAACUAUUUAUGUGUCAUUUCUUUAAAGAGCUGCUUUACCUUUAAAUGUCUGUAGUUAGAUGGCCAGCCCCUCAGUGUGUAAUUUGAAUAAAUAUAUCUAUUUUCUGUGAAUUAUCCUGAAACUUUUAAACAGAAAUGACCUCAUAGUUUUUAAAUAAAGAUUAUUUACCUAAAAUGUGGUAGUAGCAUCUUGCCCAGCCAUAAAGCAAUAAACUUCUCAAUAAUCUUGGCAUCUGAAUAAAUGAUGGAAACUUUCUAUUUUAAGGGCAUAUGUCCCAUAAGUUGGAAUUAGUACCUUAAAAGAAAAGAAAAAAAAAGGCAGCUCUUCAAUAGAAUUAAGUGAUACAAAAUGUUUGAUACAGGUAGUACUUUUAUAAAAUAUGCUGGAAAUUGCUCCCUGUAAUUUUUAAAUAAAAAGCCAAUUAUGAUAAA